ACAAGGAGAAUUUACUCACCUGCGAUUUACAUCAAUUCGGUCUUGAACUUGGAAGUUUGGCUUGUUGUGGGGAACUCAUACGUUAUGAAGAGUGGUUUGGGAGACUGGGACACCUACUUAACCAUGAACUUGUGGUUGUUAAGUCCACUGGUAAUGCUCCAGAUCUUGCCCAGUUUACAAGGAAAUGAUGAGGAGGAUAUCCGAGCUGGAUGCAGCACAGCCAUGAAUGACCUGGUGUACAUCAUCGAUGGCUCCUGGAGCGUUGGCAGCAUUGACUUUGAGACGGCAAAGCGCUGGCUGGUGAACAUCACCAGUGGCUUUGAUGUGGGCUCCCAGUACACGCAGGUGGCCGUGGUCCAGUACAGCGACACGCCCCGGCUGGAGGUCCCGUUGGGAAAGCACCAGAGCAGCCAGGACCUCGUCGGCGCCAUCAGGGAGAUCGACUACCUGGGUGGCAACACGCAGACGGGCCGUGCCAUCAGGUUCGCCACUGACCAUGUCUUUCCGUCCACUCAUCGCUCCCAUUCCGCGAAGAACCGCAUAGCCGUGGUGGUGACUGACGGCAAGUCGCAGGAUGACGUGGUGGAUGCCAGCGUGGAGGCCCGGGCCCAGGACAUCAUCCUGUUUGCCGUGGGCGUGGGCAACGAGAUCGCCAGCUCGGAACUGGUGUCUAUCGCCAACAAGCCCUCCUCGGACUACGUGCUGUAUGCCGAGGACUACGCCGCCAUGGAGCGCAUCCGGGACGCCAUGGAGCAGAAGCUGUGUGAGGAGUCUGUGUGCCCAACUCGGAUUCCUGUGGCCUCGAGGGAUGAGAAGGGUUUUGAGCUGAUGUUGGGUAUGAAGGUGUUCCAGAAGGCUCAGAAGACCCAAGGCUCCCUGGUGUCAGAGGCUGCCUACCUGCUGAGUGCAAGUGUGGAUAUUACAGAGAACACAAACGAAAUCUUUCCAGAAGGUCUUCCUCCUUCCUAUGUGUUUGUGUCCACCCUUCGGCUGAAGGCCCCAACCAACCUGGAGACGUUUGACCUGUGGAGGAUAAUGUCCAAGGAUGGCAUCUAUCAGGCUGCAGUCACUCUGAAUGGGAUAGAAAAGUCUGUCACCUUCACCACCACCAACGCCAUCAGUGAGGAACAGAUCGUCAUCAUCAGCAACACUGGCAUCAAGAAACUCUUCAAUGAAGACUGGCACCAGCUCAAGCUCCUGGUGAUGCCCAGGAAUGUUAUCUGCUUCCUUGACGACGUACAGAUCAUGGAGCGGACCCUGGAGCCGGUCAUCCCAAUCUAUAUCAAUGGGAAGACGCAGAUCGCCAAGAGAUUCAAGAAGGAGACCACAGUCCCUAUUGAGUUACAAAAGCUGAGGCUGUACUGUGACCCUCAUCAAAGUGAAAGAGAAACAGCAUGUGAAAUUUAUUCUGUGGAUGAUGAAAGGUGCCCACUGGACCGGGAACCCAGUGUGGAGGAGUGUCACUGUUCUGAAGGCAAGCCUGGACCUCCUGGUCUCCGCGGACCAAUGGGUUUCCGAGGUGAGAAAGGGAGAGCUGGACUUCCAGGCCCUGAUGGUGAACCUGGAAUGCUGGGAGACCCUGGGCUGCAAGGGCAAAAGGGUGGAACAGGUCUUCCUGGGCCCUCAGGAGAUCCAGGCCUAAAGGGCAUUAAAGGCGACAGAGGAGACCAGGGCCUGCCAGGGAGACCGGGGGCCCCAGGUCCCCAGGGACCGGGGGCUUCACAAUUAAACCUGGGCAUAAUGGGAAUGCCAGGGAAAAAGGGAAGUCAGGGUGAGAAGGGAGUGACAGGACUUCCUGGUCAGUCUGGACCAAUGGGGGAUCUGGGAAUUCCUGGUAAAGAUGGGUCUGCUGGACCAGAGGGACAGAAGGGUGAGAAAGGAGAAACUGGUGUGCCAGGUGUUAAUGGAGAGAGAGGACUUCCAGGAUUCCGGGGUUACCCUGGGGAUGCUGGACCAAUGGGACCUCAGGGGGAGAAAGGGAUUCAGGGACAACAAGGAUCCUCAGGCCCAAAGGGACCUCCGGGAAUCCAGGGCCCCAUGGGUCCACCAGGGCUUGAUGGAUUCAAAGGCCCAAAGGGUACCACUGGAGAGCGUGGGGAAGCAGGAUUUCCUGGCCUGCUGGGACCAAAGGGUGCUCAGGGAGACCCAGGGAUGCAGGGGUUACCAGGGGUGAUGGGAAUGCCAGGUUUUAAAGGACCCAAGGGUGAGGUGGGAGAAACUGGUCCGAAAGGAAAUCAGGGUGGGCCAGGCAGCGUGGGAGCUCCCGGGUCUGCUGGCACUCCAGGCGAAGCCGGGCUCAGGGGAAGCAAAGGAGAGAAAGGCACAGCGGGCGACCUGGGAGUCAGAGGGGCUGAUGGGAAGAAGGGGGACAUGGGCUCACCCGGAGGCACCGGAUCGCGUGGCCCCCCAGGCCAAGAUGGGUUACCGGGGCAACCAGGUGUGCCUGGUUAUCCAGGGAAGCCUGGAAAGCCUCCUUCAGAUGAACACUUGAUGAAGCUUUGCAGCAAUGUGCUGCAGAAUCAGCUACCUCAGCUGCUGCAGAUGAUGGCACCAGGUGGCUGCCCUUCAUGUGAAACAGUGCGGGGGCCCCCAGGUCAACCUGGGGCUCCAGGUACCAAGGGACCUACUGGUCCCACAGGGUAUCCUGGCAGGGCUGGCUCCCCAGGAUAUCCUGGGCCCCCAGGCAUGCAAGGACCCCGGGGAACUAAAGGAGACACUGGGCCAAGGGGAUUGAAAGGUUCCAAAGGAGAUGGUCGUACGGGACAGCCGGGCCCACCUGGACCAAUAGGGCUUCAGGGCCCCUGUGGCAGAGACGGGGAAGGUUUUCCUGGCCCGCCUGGCAUGCCAGGGAAUAUUGGAAUACCUGGCUCUCCGGGAAAGAGAGGCCCGCCUGGCUCAGCGGGGGUAUGUGACAUGUCCAUGUGCUACCAGCCCUACAAUCCCAGGGAGAACCAUUUCAGCAAAGGGCCCAACUUCUAAGUGACCGCAGAUAGACCAAGGAUGGUCAAGACUGGUGGCACUUCCCACUUGAGCAGGGAAGUGAGCAGACAUGGACCAGUGAAUCCCUGAAUGGUGUGUGUAGUCCACCAAGGACCAGGAAACAUUUGGGUCAGGCUGACAGAAACAAGUGGAUAACAGUGUUGCUUUAAGAGAAGCAAGAUGGUUUUGCUCAUGUACAUACAGUACCUAGUGCACUGCCUUAGUUAAGCUACCUCCAUGCUAGAAACAAGGCAUUACAUCUUACGAGUAAUUUACUGUAAAGGCUGUUUUUUUUUUCCAGAUGACUGAAAUUACUUUGAUUCUCAUUCCGAUUGUACUGUAUCAAGCCAACCAUGUAACAAGUAUAUGUAUUCAUGUUUAUUGUUUUAUGUAAGUAUAUUGUAUUCACCUGUGAUGGACUGGCAACCUGUCCAGGGUGUAUUCCUGCCUUUCGCCCAAUGUAUGCUGGGAUAGGCUCCAGCCCCCCUGCGACCCUGUUCAGGAUAAGCGGGUUAAGAUAAUGGAUGGAUAGAUGGAUGGAUGGAUAUUGUAUUCACUAUUGCACAUCAUUGAUGUGAUUUCCUGAACCCGAAAUGGGAGUUUUACAUGCAGAUUCCUUCAUGAAUUUUACAGUAUCUGUAACAUCCAAAUUAAUUCUGGCUGACAGAUCGAUUGGUGCUAUGAGUUGGGAAGUUCAUACUGAGAAGCAAGCCUCACUUUGAAAUGUGCCUUCAAGUAAAAUGUAACAUUGUAACAAUUAAGUAUUGCUGUGAUAGGAUCAAACCUUAACCCAAAAGUGUAUUGCUCCACUGCUUUAGGUAACCACAACUACAAUACUUCCUGCCUAAUCUAUUAUUAACUGAUAACUCGUUAGAUUAUUUGAGAAGAAGGAAUAUCAAUAGAUUAUUCCCUCUGAAAAAGGCACUGGUUGAAGCCAAUUUGUUUUUCCCAAUUGUCUGACUACUUCUUUUAUAUUCUAUAAAACUGGUUAAAUCUAUACCGGGAAUACAUUAAUAUUAUUGUGUUUGGUUUUUGUGCCAGCCCUAUCUAAAGCUUUUAUUUUUUCCCCCUGUUUCUGCUUUCUAUCUGGCAGUGGUAAUCAGUGUGUAUGAAAUAAGUUUUAUACCAGUGUAAAGGUGUAAGGGUUGUUAUUUAUCAGUGUAUUUCAAUGUAUUAUAUUUCACUACUCUAGAGAGGACCUCCUAAUUGUUUAUUCAUUUGAUUGUUAUUAUCACCAUUUAUGAUUCAAAAAGUUCUACUUUGUAAGAAAAGUCUGCAAAGAUUAAGCUUCUUUCCUUUUUAUAACAACACAACAAAAAUACUUAUGAGCAGCUAAGUGUCAGCUUUUAACCCUUUCCAUUUUGCCCCCACUAGAGGGAAAUUUUCAUCAACCCAGAACUACUUUAUGUUUGUGCACCAACCUGAUGUCAACUUGUGUACAAAAUAUGGGAAAGAUUCUAGUUUUCCCAAAACUGCACCCAGA